AUGACAUCACAUCUUAGAAUAAACAACAACCCUACUGGUCUUUUAUUGAAAAAGAAGCACCAAUUGGUGUUGCUCAUCGCCACUCUUGAGGUUGGCUCCAACAUAUCAGACGAAGCUGUCAAGAAGAUACUGCAAGUAGUAUUUACACCGAGCAAGCGAAAAUUAACAGGCCAUGGCACUGGUAUGCUCUACAGGGCAAUUUUCGGCAUUGCUGAAAGAUCUCCUGUCAAGUUUGACGGGCUGACCAGCAUCCACUAUGGCCCAGAGCUCUCCAAAAACGCUCUACAAGCACUGAACGUGGUUAAUGACAUUGAGAAGUAUAAGCUUGCAAUUAUCAAGACCAGGCGUUGA